AUGGCCCGAAAAGACGAAGUUUUCCAGAUUUGUAAAACUCUCUUACUUUACAGUAGCGUUUGGUUGGCGAAGAUGCCCGAUUGGCCAAAGAGUUCCGUAAAGUUAUAUAAGGUGUUUUCUUUGUUGUGUCAAAGUCUGUUCGUAUCUUGUGUGCCACUAUUUUUAGUAAAUCUUUUUAAAGUUAUCGGCCAUGAUAUGGAUACAGCAGUAGGAGUCAUGAAAAGCUUAACUUUCUAUGGCGUAGUUAUAGCCAAAAUAGCAACAAUUCAAUCAUCCAAAAUGACAAAGCUUAUAGAAUCUGCAAUUAAGAAAGAAGAAACUUUUAUAAGGUCCAAUGAUUUCCAUAUUCGCAACUUAUUUAGAAAAUAUUGUUUGUAUUCAAAUAUGUGUGCUUUAUUUGUAGCUUCUUUUACGAGCUUAACUGGCAUUGUAUUAAUUAUUGACAGCAUAUAUAUGGCUUCUUCAUAUAAAAUUCAAUAUGAUUCUAAUGUGACGGAUCAUUUUGUUUACCCACAUCCAGUGUAUAUGUGGUUUCCUUUCGAUAAAGACAGCUACUAUAAGUGCUCACUUACAUAUGAAUUAAUUCAUAUUGCUCAAACGACAUAUUAUAAUGGAUCUGCUCAGGCAUUUAUUAUUUCAGCUUUGGUGCUAAUAAAAAUGCAAUUUAAAAUUUUGCAAUACAGAAUAAAAAAUUUGGAACCAAGGAGGGACAAUGCAAUUAAUCUACUCAAAAAAUAUGCAAGAGAACAUCAAGUUUUAAUAAGGUGGAUAGGUGAGUUUAAUGAUGAUAUAAAAUACAUUAUUCUUUUAGAAUAUUGCGUAUCAUCCUUAACAUUUGCUUCGAUUUUAUUGGAUAUUAUAAAGGGCAAACAAAUGGCUUUUAAUAUACUUUUUAUACUACUCACCAUAUCGCAAAUAUUUGCAGUGGCCUGGAGUGCAAAUGAGAUUUUUAAUGAGGGUUCAACUGGCAUGUCCGCUGCACUUUUUGAAUGUCCAUGGUAUGAGUUGGACCAUUCCUGCAAAAAAUGCAUCCAAAUGAUGAUUAUGAGAUGUGGAAAACCACUAACGAUUACUAUAGGUCCUUUUGGCUUCAUGACAUUAGAUGCUGCUAUUUCAAGAGUAAAACUGGCUUUUUCACUGAUUUCUGUGCUUUCAACAUCAACCAUCUAGAAAAAACACGGAAACACAAUGAUGCAAAUUUUAUAGAAAUACGAAUGUUUUAUUAAUAAAAAUAUGUACUUUAUAUAAAUCGAUUUUAUGUUAGUCUUAGCUGAUAAACUACUAGUUUUUUUAGCAAAAAUAUUUAAGAUCUUCUACUUUUCCUUUAUAUCUAUAGAGCAAGUAGAAUAAAGUUAGGAAAUAAUUGUAGUAAAAUGUAGCUUUAAACAAAGAAAAGUUCAAAUUAAAUACUGCGGCAUAA